CAAAAUCGGCUGCUGAUGGUCCUUGCCACCGCCUGCUCUGCUUGUCCUCUUCAUGGAAAGAACCGGAGCUGGCAUGGCCACCACACAAAGCAUGGGAAAGCCAGGACUGUACCGCAUUCGCGACCCCCUACAGAUGGUGUGGGUCCUUCAGGGAAACACUUUAGUCGCAGUUCCUGCCAACAGCAACGUCAAGCCUGUUACCAUGUGCUCGGUGCCAUGCCAACACAUGACAUCUGGCGAGAACAGCCAUAUAUACCUGGGCGUCGAGAGCAGCGGCCUCUGCCUCUUCUGCAUGGAUAUUCAGGGCCAGCCCACGCUGCAGCUGAAGGAGAAGAAUAUCAUGGACCUCUAUGAGGAUCCCCACGUGCAGAAUCCCUUUCUGUUCCUGCGAGCCAUGGAGGGUGCCACCUCCACCUUUGAGUCUGUCGCCUACCCCAGCUGGUUCAUAGCUACCGCCUCUGUGGGGGGGCAGCCCGUCACCCUCACCAAGGACAGGGGCAGAGACUACAACACCAACUUCUACUUUGAGCCCAUGGGGUACAGCCGCCCACUGCGGGUACUGGGCCAGGGCCAGAAGAUGAGCAGCAGAACCUCUGUCUGAGAAUGUGGUCAUCCCAGGAGGCCACUCACACUGACAUCCAUGGCUGCCUCAUGCUCACCAUCCAGUACCACCUCCAGACAUGCGAGUGUGACACCCGACAACCGCUUCUUAUUCUCUCUGCAUCUUGUCCCGCCACCGCCCGCUGCCAAGCUUGUCUGGGAUCACGCUUGAACCUCACUUUGCAUCCUGUUAGCCUGCCUUUCCCUCCGGUCACUGCUGUGCUUCGAGCAGUUGUGGCCUGGCAAGAUGCUGUCUCCAUGGCACCAGCCACCUGUCUCCCUGCUCCAGGCCCCCGGGAUACCUGGGGAAGGACGUUUGAAGGGACCUGCUUGGCACUCAAACACGCACAAACCUGGAAGUAAGAGGGAACCGC